AAUAACCGACACCAUCUCGUAUUUUUCGAAAAUUCUGUGUUCACCAACGAUAAUGCGCAGUUUUUAUCGCAGUCGAAAAAAAAAGGAUUGAGACGUGGAGUGAAAAGAGAAAAAAAAACUCAAAAAGAAGCCAAUUUAAGGCAAUAAAAUAUUAAUAUGUGCUAUUUUGAUUAAUAAAAGUGAAGCAGGAAAAAGGUUUCAGCUCAAUCUAACGACAACAACAUAUUAACUCAAUCAAAAAAGAAAGAAAGGAAACUUACACUUAUCUUGCAAGCAACCUAUUGGUAAAGGGCUUGAAACAAAAAUCCAUAUAAAUAAUGCGCUUCACUUCGAGUUGGCUGUGUAUAGCUAUUCUAUUGACCAUCUCAGUUCAAAGUCAAGCGCAACGCAAUGAUGCUGCUAACAAUCAAAUCAACAAUAAGCCAGCACCAAAUAGCCAAGAAAACUUUGCUGAAGAAGUUAUUGUGGAAUCAAGUUUAACUGUUAAUCCACAAUCUCAAAUCAAGUCCCGCAAGAUUCGCGAUGCGAUCUAUUACCUUGUAUCAGAUUCGUCAUUGGUCAGAGCUAAGCGUCAAUUUGGUGGACCUGGAUUUGGUGGAUCUGGAUUUGGUGGAUCUGGAUUUGGUGGACCUGGAUUCCAACAACCAAAUUACGACAGCUCUCAAUCAACCGCUCAAUCAAAUUCGCAUAGUCAGGGUGCUGGUCCCGCUGGUUUUGGGAAUGCUAACGCUUUAGCUGGUGCACAAGCCUUUCAAACCAAUGGUCCUACUGGUUCCUUCGGAGCAACAGCAACCAAUGCACACACAGAUACGUCAAACUCAUCGCCAUAUGGUGGAUUUUCGGGAAGCAACGCGAAUUCAGGUGGGCAGACGUAUAAUUUGCCGAAUGGACAAACGUUGAGCAUCAGCUACAACAACGGAUUCAGUAAUACAAACGGAAAUCCAGCACAUAGCCAAGGAAGCUCAGUAGCUUUCAGUGGUUGAAAAAAAAAUCAAUUGAAUAUACUUCCAAAAUACCCAAAUUGAAAUUUGGAACAAAAAAGGAAAACCGAACAAAUAAAUUUUCACUAAAAAGUGAACAAUUGAAUAAAUUUUGAAUACUUAAACAAUUUCAAGUCGAAACAA